AUCUCUGACUCAGUUCAGCUGAGUUCAGUUGCGCCACUUGGCCGUGUGGUUUACGUGUCGUCAUAAGCUUGCAAAAGUUUCUCGCGUGCACGAUUUCGAGAAAUCAUUUAUUCUUUUUUUUCUCUCAAGUCUCGGUUCAAUUAUCUUUUUUUUUUCUCUCUCUUUGCUUUCUCUUUUUUAUUCUUUCUCUUUGUGUCUGUCUGCUUCUAUUUAUCUUUAUUGCUUGCUUCGCUUUAUUGCUAUUCUCGCUCGAGAAAUAUGUGAGGUGCAUAUAUUAGGUAAGGAAAAACCUUGCAAAGUGCAGCGAACCUUCGAUGUUUCUUCUCAUAAAAGUCUACGUUCAUCACAAGGAUCUUUAUUAAUCCAUCGGCAAAGACAAAUUCUUUAAGGCAGGAUGCCUAACGAGAACUUGCCGGUGUGUGCCUGCGGUGUUGUCGUGGACCUGCCAAAGUCGCGAAACAGCUCGAUCGUUUUGGAAAAACUGUCUAUCUUCUUGCCCAAAUCAAAGGGCCAUAAACAAGAUAAGAGCUCGCGGAAGCAACAAGAUGACAGGCGAGAAUUAAAGACGUCGAGCGAGACCGGAAGCAGCAGUUCGGCAACAGAAUCCGCAAAACCUACAAUGAAGAGCAGCAAGCAUAAGAAGCGAUUCGAUCAUUCGCGAAGGACUAGAAGCGCUGAUAGCGCUGAAUCGCAUUAUAUCGAUUCAGGCUCGAGUAUCGCCAGUGAUGAAAAUCGAGAAAACACCGCCAUACCCGAAGAAUUAUACGCCAGCGUAUCAAACACGGCGAAUGCGAAUGCCGAAGAAAUCAGAACUAGUCGGUCGAAUAUGCAAAGCAGAUCACAAGCUUUGUAUACCGCUAUUCCAUCAAUGACAUCACCACCACCGACAUAUGAUGCCACGAUUGCAAAAGCGUGGCAGACCGGUCUGCCACCGACAUACGAGGAAUAUUUGCAUCAUAAAUAUGCGAUGAUGCCACGCUCGCAUACUCCUCCACCACCAUGGUCAGACUCGACAACAUCGUCGUCGACAUCGUCGUCUAAUCCGACUUCGAGUAUCCAGCAUCAUAAUCUCUUGCCUAACCAGCCCGAGCUUCGCGAGUAUCUAGCACAGAGACUUGACUCGCACUAUCAACAUCGACAACAGCAGCAGCAGCGGCAACAGUCUAGAAACACUGUCUGCUCCGCCUUGAGAGAACAGCAGAUCAGAGCGCAUCACCGGGCACGAGCAAUGCCUCCCAGAUCGCAGAGCGAAAAUCGAGCGCAACAGCAACGAAUAGCAGCAAUGUAUGAAGACGCAGCGUUUUGUAUGGAAACUACAGUAUUGCAGUCGGCCUUUGAUUCUGCCCAAGGACUUGCUCUUUGCAGCUUAAUGUAAAAGUACGACAAUUUUUGCCUCGGCAAAAAAAAAUAGAUAUUGUGAGCAAAUUGAUACAUCAUCAAUUAAUAAUCGAGUCUUGCAAGUCGAAUCUAUCCUGCAAUACGAAGAAAAUACUUGCGGAAGAAUUCAAUCAUGAAUAAUGCAUCAAUCUUCUUUUCAUGGAUGCAACGAAACGCAACAAUUAAAAAAACACUAUAUCGAUAAACAUCGCGAUAAAUAAUUGUUCUUUUAUUUUGGUUUUUUUUUUUAGUUGUUGUUAUCCAAUACAUAGAGAUCAUUCUAGCUAUAUUUUUUGCGUUACGCAACUUGUAAUUACAACGCCCGGUAAUUACGAGGAAAUCGUUAAAGGAGAGAGAGUUAUUUUUAUCUUACGCAAAUUAUACUCUCUACUGUCGUCUUAGCACAGAAAAUUUAUAAACAUAAACGAAUGCUGUGUAGGCAUACUUGUGGUCCUAACAACAUACAAAGCAGAAAGUAGUAUGUAAAAUUGAUGUUAAUAUAACAUGUUGUAUAGUGUAGCACGACGUAUGUAUGUAUGCGCUUUAGAGCACGCACAAAAGAGAAAAUCUCAUAUUAUAGUAUAGCCACAAUCUUAAAUACACGCGCACACACAUAAUAAAAUGAGAAAAUUAUAAUUUUAAUCAAAUAUGGAACAAAUAUGCAUGCAUGUCCAUUGUUACUUUCUCUUACUUGUUACCUUAGUCUCUAACAAUCGAAUAAAGAGAAAAAAAAAUACAAUACAGUAUAUAUGUAUGAAACUCGGUAAAUGUAUACAUAAAUGUAUUACAUAAUUUGCGCGUAUCUUAAUUCAUAAACUCAAUACGCAUAAACAUAGAAUCAAUUCAAUAUAUUUCUUAAAUCAAAAUUUUUCUAUUCAUUUUGUAAUAAUUUUCUAUCGCUGAGACUUUAAGACGUGAAAAAAUCAUCCCCUUGCCACAGGAUAUAAUAAUAUCAAUCACAUCAAGUGCUAUACAUCUGUUUUUUUUUUCUCUUUUCAAAUUGCAAAACAUUUAUAUUUUAUAAUGUAUGUAUGUUUUUAUAAUUAAUGAAAUGUAAAUAUGUGUGACAAAGAGUAUUGCUACGUGUGUAUAUUGUGUAUUUAAUUCCAGAUAAAUCUAAAAUUAAUGCAGAAAUUGAAUAAUGUUAAUUAAAUUACUAAAACAUUCUCGUCUUUUGAUUUGCGGAAACGAUAAGUUUAUCGAUUUAUCGAUAGCGUAUAAUAAAUCGAGCUACAUCGCCAAUCAUCUCACAUUGUACGUCGUGUAUUAGAAGUGUGUUAGAGGAUCAAAAAAUAUAUAAUAUAUUCAAUAUAAAAUACUCUGUA